CAAUAUGGUUAAGCUUGUACGGAGUAUAUAAAACUGCUCCCCUCCCCAUUAUGCAUUAUGGUUAAGCUCUCUCCAUUUUUGUUGAAUCUCUCAAAGCCUACUGCAUCCUGCACUUUCGGUUUUAACCCAGAUAUAGCUUAGCCGUUCUUGAAUAUUACUCUUCCCAUCUAGUCACUCUCGGAUUCGAGGGAAAAACAAGCAUGGAGAAGCAGAGAAGUUUCUCAAUAAAGCGCACAAGAUUCUUGGUAUUUUCAUUCACAGUCUGUUUAGGUCUGAUAUUCCUAGUCUUCUUCUCCAUUUGGGUCAUCAAGCUCUCUCCUUUUCCUCAAGAAACCCAUAUUGAGUUAAAUACUGCCAACUUUCUUAGCUUGGGUUCAAUGCCCUUCAUAGCUCAGACCUCUCUUGGUUCCAAAGACCCAAUCCUGGGAAGUGCCCAAGAAAACAAGGGGAAUGUCGCAGCUGGUGAGGUAAAUGGAAAUUUUACUGUUACUGCUAACACCAACUUGUUGAAAUUUGGAAAAUCACCUGAAUUUUCUGCAAAUGAAUCUGAGAAUUCUGAAAACUGUGGAAAGAGUGUUUAUACUUCUGUUAAUUGUAAUGUUAAGCAAGAAAACGUCUCUUCAGCUAGUACUUUAUCCAAGGAAAUAAGUUUGAUUGAGAAAAAGGAGGAGAAGAAUGGGGGAGUAGUUUGUGAUAUGACGAAUGGGAAAUGGGUGUUUGAUGAGAUGCAUCCCUUGUAUACCAAUGUUUCUUGUCCAUACAUAGACGAAGGGUUUAAUUGUCAAACUAAUGGAAGAACAGAUAAAGAUUACAUGAAAUGGAGGUGGCAGCCUCAAAAUUGCAAUAUUCCAAGGUUUAAUGCUACCCACAUGUUGGAGUUGAUGAGAGGGAAGAGGUUAGUUUUUGUUGGUGAUUCCAUUAACCGAAACCAGUGGGAAUCCAUGUUGUGCUUGUUGAUGGGAGCUGUUAAAGACCAAAAAAAGGUUUAUGAGACCCGUGGGCGAAGAAUAACCAAAGGGAAGGGCUCUUAUAGCUUCAAGUUUGUGGAUUAUAAAUGUACAGUCGAAUUCUACGUGACACAUUUUUUGGUACGUGAGGGCAAAGUAAGGAUGGGGAAGAAACGAAGGCAGACUUUGCGUAUUGAUGCGAUUGACAAAGGUUCAUCCAGGUGGAGAGGUGCCGAUAUUCUGGUCUUCAACACUGCUCACUGGUGGUCCCAUCACAAAACCAAAGCAGGGAUAAAUUAUUACCAAGAAGGUGAUCAAGUUCAUGGACACCUUGAUAUUUUAAUGGCUUACGAAAGAGCUCUAAUGACUUGGGCAUUGUGGGUUGACACACACAUCAACCCUGCAAAGACCCGAGUUUUUUUCCGAACUUCUUCGCCUUCUCAUUACAGUGGCGGUCAAUGGAACAAUGGAGGACAUUGCAGAGAAGCUUCUCGACCCCUUAGAGAAGGUGAGAGUUAUGACAGUUAUUUUGAGAAGAAUACGAUUAUGGAAAAGGUCACAAAGGAGAUGAAAACACCAGUGACCGUUUUAAAUAUAACGGGUUUGUCGGGUUAUAGGAUAGACGGUCACCCAUCUGUAUAUGGAAGAAGACAGUCAGAAGGAAGUAACUAUUCUGAGUUCCAAGAUUGUAGCCAUUGGUGUCUCCCUGGGGUUCCUGAUACUUGGAACCAAAUAUUGUACUACUACAUACAACUUGCUCCUAAGCAGAGAUAGUAAAUAUUGUAAUUGACCAGUGGAUGAUCACUUGAGCCAUUGUUAUUUUUGCAGAUUAAGCAUGGGGUAGAAUUUCUAAUGUUAUUCCAUGAGGUUUUUCAUUUUUCAAAUGAUGUAUUAUACACUAAGUUGAAAAUUCAUAACACCAGGUGUAAACUGUAAAGGGAAUGAGAUUUGGCAAAAACACAUUCAUGUACUUCUUUAAAA